GAGUGUCUUUCUAAUCUCUCAUUCGCGUAAAAGUAGAAACUUGAUUUUUUUCGACUUUGCGAUUGCGACCAUUUUUUCAAUCUAGUAAUCGACUCAUACAGAUCGAUCGACGCAUAAGCUCUUCGUAAAAAUGCAGAUAGUGUUGUGGUGUUUUGCGUUGGUAAGCGCGACAUAUGCUUAUUAUAGAACUGGAUCUUUUUCGAAUGAUCAUCACUCGUCGCCAUUAGUAACCUUAUACGAGUGGAAAUAUUUUGAUUAUGUCUGGGAUUCACCAGAACAGAGGCAAGCGUACAUAAAUAGUAGAAGAUAUAAUGCCAGUAACAUGAUUCCUAUUGACGUCGACCGAUCGAAUGACGGUCGUACGUUCGUGACAGUCAUCAGAGAUGCCGGAGUUCCCGCUAGUGUGCACACGGUCUCCGAUAUGGAGGGCCCAUCCGGACCACUAUUGAGACCUUACCCUGAUUGGUCGUGGUAUGAAAAUACGGGUAACUGUAAUGGUAUCACAAGCGUCUACAGAGUUGCCAUAGACAAAUGUAACCGCAUGUGGGUAUUAGACACUGGAAUUGUUGGAUCUGACCGUAUUUGCCCAGCUCAGCUAUUGGUAUUCAAUUUGUACAACGACAGAUUGCUGUUCAGAGGCAAGAUUCCCGACAAUGUUGCUCAGAAUAAAAACGGAAAAGGAUUACUCGUCACACCGAUCGUCGAAACUUAUGGCAGCAGAUGCGAAGACACAACAGUGUACAUGGCAGAUGUCGAAGGUCACGGUUUAGUGAUCUACGACGGCAUCAGAACCUUCCGUCUGGAGGCUGACGUCUUCGAUCCCGAGGAAAAUAAUUCGAAUUUCGACAUAGCCGGCGAGAGUUUCUUCCUCGACGACGGUGUCCUGGGAAUGGCCCUUUCGCCGAACCAGUAUCCCGGCGAAAGUCGUUACUUGUACUUCCGGCCAUUGGCCUCCAGGUCGUUGUAUGCCGCCAACACUCGGGAUCUUCGGCAUACCCUCGACGGCUCCAGGAUUAAUUAUUACCGAGGCAAUGACGUUCUUCCCAGUCAGGCUUCGGCUCAGGCCUUCUCUGCCGAUGGUACUCUCUUCUAUGGUUUGACCAGCGAAAUCGCCAUCGGAUGCUGGAACAUGAACAAGCCUUUGAAAUCGGAAUACUUUAAAAUCGCCGUGCAAGACAGACAGAGACUGCAAUUCACCAGUGGAAUGAAAGUAAUUUCGAAUUAUAGAAAUGAAUAUUUGCUCAUGAUGACCAAUCGGUUGCAGAAGGUUUACGCGGGAACGCUAAGUCUUGAUGAGGUUAAUUUUCGCGUUUUGGAAGCUUCUGUCAGGGAACUGCUGAUUCACAACCCGGUUUGCGAUCAGUACUAACGAACGAAGAAUAUUUUAGUAAUCGCUUUCUUCAUUCAAAUCCGAAGAAGUUUCGGCAAGACUGAUGUAGCCAUAUGUAAAAUUACAGCUCUAUAUAAAUAAUGACUAUUACAUUUUUUUUGCUGACCAAAGUUAUUAUUAGAGUGAAAUAAAUUGCUUUAACGAUGCU